GCCCGGCUUAUGUACAUAUAAAUACAAAUUAUCCAUAUCUACUUGGAUAAUUACUUAACUCACGUCAAGUCACUUUGAAUUAUCACGUUAAAUAGUUAUCAUUGAUGACCUAGAGUUAGACUUAUUUGGGUGAUAAUUUUAUAGACAAUUGAAAAAUUGAGGGUUGUCUAUUUGUUUCCAUCAACUCUACCCCCACUACUCCAAUCUUUUAACCAGUUAUUAAUUCCUAUGUAUAGUUACAUAUAGUUCAUUUUUCAUUGGCUGCAUCUGUUUAAUCACGUGGUUAUUUAUCUACCAGUAAUACUUGAGUUUGCCACGUCUUGCCAUGAUGGAAAGCGACCUUAACAUUAACCAACUCUAUCAUCACAACAAAUACCACCGCCAGUAGUUAUAACAAAGUUGGUUAAAUCAACUUUGUAAAAGUGUUUUGUGAUAUUUGUCAUCAUCUGCUAUUUCACUAGAUCUAUAUGGUUUAAUUUGUAUAAAUAUAAGCAAUUAUAUAUAUUUUGAGGUUAGAGUCUCUAGGUGAUAUUUUAACAAUGACUUUUCGCCGUUUAUCACAUUUAAAAAUAGUUUCACGGUGUAUUUUAACAAUAUCAAUAGUAUUUAGUUAUGCAAUAUCACUAUCAGUAGGUGAAAAUGCACCUGUUGAAAUUGAAAAACCGGAGAUUGUCAUAACUUCGACGAAACAUGAAGAGUCAACGGGAUCAGUUCCUGUUCAAGGAAGUUUGGGAUUUCUUCAUGCUUUCAUCGCAGCACUCUCUGUGAUCGUUGUCUCAGAACUUGGUGAUAAAACCUUUUUCAUAGCUGCAAUUAUGGCUAUGAGACCACCUCGAUUGACUGUUUUCAUUGGUGCAAUUAGUGCGUUAGCCCUCAUGACAAUACUUUCCGUGUUCUUUGGAUAUGUCGCUACUAUCAUUUCCAGAGUUUAUACGUAUUAUAUAUCGACGGCUUUAUUCGCUUUGUUUGGAUUAAAGAUGUUGAAGGAUGGGUAUUAUAUGUCCUCUACGGAGGGUCAGGAGGAACUGGAGGAAGUGCAGUCGGAUUUGAGAAGGCCAGAAGAUGAGCUACAAAGGGAGGUGGGGGCUGCAGUAGUGACCCAAGAUCCUGAAACCGGUGUGAUACGAAAAAAUCCCAAGACAACUGCCUUCAUGUUGCUGUCACGAAUAUUUUUCCAAGCAUUCACCCUGACAUUUCUCGCUGAAUGGGGUGAUUGAUGACAACUGACGACGAUUAUUCUUGCUGCACGAGAGGAUAUUUAUGGAGUUAUUGUCGGUGGCAUUUUUGGCUACUCAUUCUGCACUGGCCUUGCAGUCCUCGGCGGCCGCAUGAUUACUCAAAGGAUAUCUGUCCGAACGGUUACGAUCAUCGGUGGGAUUGUUUUCCUAGCUUUUCCUAUCACGGCACGCUUUAUGGAGCCUACAGAAAGUGUGUAAAUAAUAUUUUUUUAAGUGAGAAAAAAAACCGCCAUGCUACGAGCCGAGCGGUACUCUGUUAUUGCUAAUUCUAUCAGUCUGUAUAGGUAUUCUUCCAGCUUACUAUUGUAUAUUAUUAACUACUCCAUAGUAUUUGCGAGUUAUUCAACAGUAUGGUCAAAUACUUAGCAACGAUUUUUACAUUUUUUUUUAUUCAGAAUGAUUGUAUUUAGUUUCUUGAAGAUAAUGCCUUGUGAACUGUCAGCGAUAAUAGCAGUAUUCUGACAACUUAAUGUUACGUGAAUUAGAAUACGAUAUUUGAAGACAUAUGAAAAGAUUAAUUGCGGCGUAAUCUUACAUCUAUAAUUAUUUAAAGCUAUGAUUGUUUGAAUUUCAUCAAACAUUUUUCUUUUGUGAAAGGACUAUUCAAAACAUCCAUGUCAAGUCAUUGUAAAUGAUGAAAGUCAAAUCUACGCUGAAAUAAGUGUUGUUAUUUGCUAAUUUUGAUUUUUUCAGUUUUCGUUAAUCUUCCGUUGGCAAAUGUUAUUAAUUGUCGGUGGGUGUAGCAUUAUUCACCUUCAGAGGACUUCCACGCACCAGAGUCUCCUGAUCGGCUCACUUCAACGCUUCUCCUAAUAAUUUGAAAUAUAAAUUAAUUAUGGAGGUUUUAUAUGUCAAAAAUUAAUAUUCCUAAUAUUUAUUUUUUCUUAUUUUAUUUAUUGAAUUUAUUGAUUGACUCUAUUGAACCGAAUAAGACAGUAACGUAAUUUCAAAUUAUCCGCCAAGGAAAAAGUCCCUAGCCGUGCGAAGGGUGGGGAAAGCGCUAGUGAGUUUCAUGCGCAGCUUCCUCGCGCAGCUACUGUUGCUAGGCGGGCGCGCGCGCGCACAGGCCUGACUGGGCUACGUGGCGUCAGUAUGCCCUGAGAUGGCGGCUGUACGUGGAUGUCUGUCCCGUUGUAUCGUGUAUUUCGUCUAAUUUUAUUAAUAAAAUGCGGAAUUUAGUUUAUUAAAGUGUUUAAUUAGAGGGAAAUAGUUUCGGGGCGUGUAAUUAAUAUAGUGAAUAUUGUUUUUGAAAGUUUAAUAGUAAAUAGUGAAGGGAUUUGUGGGAAGUGAGCAUGAGGACGCUUGGGCGUGGCUCGUUGGUGAUGAGGCCUAAUUUGCUAAAUAAUUGGCCAAAUUGUUGCUAAAAAAACUGGUACAUUGGGUGUAAAUGGAUUGGCCCAGGAAAGUGUGUGCAUUGAAUGACAUUUUUUAAAAUAAUAAAAUGCUCAAUGGAGUGAAAAACGAGUAGCGUCUCCACAGAGCUGUGAGACGAAGGGAUGGUGCGGCGAGGGGGGGCAGCCGUUCGUGUUUGUUGGCGGCAUGGUGAUGACGCCUAAUUUAUUAAAUAAAUAGUGAAAUAUUGAUAAAAAAAGUGGUACAUUGGGUGUAAAUGGAUUGGCCCAGGAAAGUUUGUGCAUAGAAUGACAUUUUUUAAAAUAAUAAAAUGCUAAAUGGACAGUUGAGAAAUGGGGAGCGUCUCCAGAGAGCUGGGUGACGAAGGGAUGGUGCGGCGAGGGGAGGCAGUCGUACGUACGUGUCCGUGCUUGUGAGAUGAGGCCUAAUUAUGCCGGAAAUUUUCAUUAAAAAACUAUUAAAUUGGGUGUGAAUGCAUUGGCCCAGAAAAGUGUGUGAAUUUAGUGACAAUUUUGAAAAAUAAUUGAACAGUUAAUGGACGAAUGAAAAAUAAGGAGUGUCUCUACAGACUUGGGUGGCAAAUGAUGGUGCGGCGAGGCGGGGCAGCCGUGCGUGUUGGUGCUUGUCGGCGGCUUGGUGAUGACGCGUAACCUGUUAAAUAAAAUAAUUGGACAAAUUGUUGGUUAAAAAAAAAGUGGUAAAUUGCGUGUAAAUGCAUUGGGCCGGAAAGGUAUGUUUAUUGAGUGACAUUUUUAAAAUAAUAAAAUGGAAAAUGGACGAAUGAAAAAUACGUAGCGUAUCUACAGACUUGAGUGGCAAAGGGUUGGGGGGGGGGGAGUUGUGCGCGUUGGUGGUUGUUGGUGCGUCGGUGAAAAGGUGUAAUUUGUUUAAAAAUGGUUAAAAUUUUAAUUUAAAAAAUAAUGAGUCGGGUUGUAAAUACAGUGGCCUAAAAAAGUGUGUGCAUUUUAUUUAAAUUGUGGCAUAAUUAAAUGGUUAAUUGGGUAGUGAUAAAUAAGGUGGUAUAUUCAGUGAGCAGUGCGGUGAAGGGAUGGGGGGGGGCGAUCGCCACCGAUACGGGCGGGCAGCCAGUGGUGUGUGACAUUUGUAGAAAAAAAAAAUGAGUGCAGUGAUGUGGGGAUAGUGUUUUUUUUUUUUUUUUUUUUUUUAAAUGUGAAGUGAGCUGUGGAAAAGGAGGAAUGCUGAGACAGCAUUCAACAGCAGGCGACAGUUUGCAGUUUGCAGUUUGCAGUUGGUAUCUCGGUGAAGUGAGCUGUGGAAAAGGAGGAAUGCUGAGACAGCAUUCAACAGCAGGCGACAGUUUGCAGUUUGCAGUUGGUAUCUCGGUGAGUCAAAAAUUAAAGAAUUUUUAUUUAAUGUUAAGCAAUUGUGAUAAAUUUUGAAUUAUUUGUCACAAAUGUUUAACGAUGCUCAUGAUGAGCUUCUAGUGGAUAAGAGGUACGUUUAUGAGUUGUGAGAAAUUAAAAUUAAUUAAUUAAUAAAGUGAAGCUAGCCAGAGUCGGGGUUUAUUAAUUAAUUAGAGAAUUAGCUCUUAAUUGGGUUUUAUAUAAUUUUUUUGUGUCGUCAGUAAAAAUAAAAUGGUGAAAAAGCUUGGUUGAAAAAUCAAUUUUUGUAAUUUGUUUUUUUUUUUUUUUUUAA